AUGUGGGAGAAGAACCACAAGAGGUAUCAUCUACAAGAUUUUUGUGGUGAAGGUCGUCAUCCUGAAACUGCCAAUGAGUUGUUCAAUCUUCGCCAUGCUUCUUUAAGAAAUAUAGUAGAGCGAAUAUUUGGUAUAUUUAAAUCUCAUUUCACUAUCUUUGAAUCAGCACCUCCGUUUCCAUAUGAGACUCAAGCACAUAUCGUAUUAGCUUGUGUUGGACUACAUAAUUUUCUUCGAAAAGAAUGUCGAUUUGAUGAAUUUCCACCUGAAGAGAAUGAUGAUUCUUCAUCUUCAGAAUUAUCUUCGGAUGAUGAAGAAGAAGGUUUGGAUCCAACUAUUCAAAGUCAACAAUGUCAGGGUGCGGAUGCAAAUAAAUGGCGAUCAACUAUCGCUGCUAAAAUGUGGAAAGAUAAAACCGGUGAAGGAAAUAAUAAUCAAUCAUGA